AUGAGCGAUCUGCAGCGAGCAUGGGCUAAGUCAAAGCUUGCUCUUGUACCGGAACACUUUUUGGUGAUGGAGGCGGAGGAGCAGAAGAAGGCGGAGGAGGCAGAGGAGACGGACCAGGCGGACCAGGAGAACCAGACUGGAGACCAGGUCCCGGAGCUACCAGAGCAUGUGGAUGAUGAUUCCUCCUCGGCUUCGUCAAUGUCUUCAACUGGCACCAUUGUUCCCACACCUAGCCAACGAUUGUUUGCUCGCCCCCAAAGUGUCGCUACAGGAAGGACGUUGGAACCGAUACCCUGGACGGCGUACUUUGAGAGGCAGCUUUACAUGCAACGCGGCGAUGCUCAAGGGGUGGUCGCUACCUUUCACGCCUAUCUAACGUCUCCGGUAGACAAUGGUCCCCUGUUUGUCAUGCACCACGGAGCCGGCUCGUCAGCGCUUUCGUUUGCUGUGGUGAGCUCCGAGAUUCGGAAGCGGCUUCCUUCAGCGGGCAUCCUUGCCAUUGAUUGCCGCGGCCAUGGGUCUACGGUGUCGCCAGAUGACACAGAGCUAGACCUUCGUCUGGCUACCUUAUCUGCUGACUUGUUCUUCAUGAUUCAAUCCACAAAGGAGCAGAUGGGGUGGCACCAGAUGCCCCAAAUCAUGCUGGUUGGUCAUUCGCUGGGAGGCGCGGUCGUGACAGACCUGGCCUUUACAGCCAAGUUGGGCACGUGCCUACUUGGAUAUGCUGUUCUGGAUGUUGUAGAAGGCUCAGCCAUGGAUGCCUUGCAGAGCAUGCAGACCUACCUCUCUACUAGACCGAGUGGGUUCGCAAGCAUCGAGAUGGCAAUCGACUGGCACAUACGGUCACGUACGAUACGAAGCUCCGUAUCGGCCAGAACGUCAGUCCCCGCGCUUUUGAAACGAGAGGAUUCGGCGGAAGGCUCUAGACCAUGGAGAUGGAGGACCAACCUGGCGACCACCCAGCCUUUCUGGGAGGACUGGUUUGUGGGACUGAGCAAGAAGUUCCUGGAAGCAAAAGGCGGCAAACUGUUGUUGUUGGCAGGGACCGACCGCUUGGAUACAGAAUUGACGAUUGGUCAGAUGCAAGGCAAAUAUGCGCUACAAGUGUUCCCAGAAGCUGGCCACUUCAUCCACGAGGACAUUGCGGAAAAGACCGCCAUCUCUUUGGCGGACUUUUAUAGGCGAAACGACAGGAGCGCACUUGUUUUGCCGCCCAAAGUAUCCGACUUACUGAGACAGGGCAAGAAAGUGUGA